AAAGCUGGAGCGAGUUGCCCAACUGCAAUCUGUCAGCUAUCCGCAGAUCCCUCACCGUCCUUCGGCAUGUCUUUACCCAUGGCUCGGAAGAAUGGAGAAACAUGGACGCCACGGAUUGACGCGAAGGACGAGCACAAAUUCGGAGUGGAAGUAUAAAAAUCCCCGCUGUUCUCUCUUGCCCUCGCGUAUAACGCCGUUCCCUGGAUGUGACGGCGGGGCAUUCCAGUAAUCUUCGUAGCCGGACCAGAAGACGACGAGGCGGCCUGAAAUCAAGCAGACGUCGCUGGAAGUGGAGCCCAUCAGGGCUCAUGUGAGAGGAGGUCAUGGGCAGCCAGGGCAGCCCGGUGAAAAGCUACGACUACCUGCUCAAGUUCCUGCUGGUGGGCGACAGCGACGUGGGCAAGGGCGAGAUCCUGGACAGCCUGCAAGACGGCUCGGCCGAGUCGCCCUACGCCUACAGCAGCGGCAUCGACUACAAGACCACCACUAUUCUUCUGGAUGGCAGGAGGGUGAAGCUGGAGCUUUGGGACACGUCAGGACAAGGACGAUUCUGCACCAUUUUCCGCUCGUACUCGCGCGGCGCUCAGGGCAUCCUACUGGUGUAUGACAUCACCAACCGCUGGUCCUUCGACGGCAUCGACAGGUGGAUCCGAGAGAUUGACGAGCAUGCACCGGGCGUUCCGCGCAUCCUGGUGGGCAACCGGCUGCACCUGGCCUUCAAGCGGCAGGUGCCCACCGAGCAGGCGCGAGCCUAUGCCGAGAAGAACGGCAUGACGUUCUUCGAGGUCAGCCCGCUGUGCAACUUCAACGUCAUCGAGUCCUUCACUGAGCUGUCGCGCAUUGUGCUCAUGCGCCACGGCAUGGAGAAGUUCUGGAAACCCAACCGAGUCUUCAGCCUGCAGGACCUGUGCUGCCGGGCCAUCGUGUCAUGCACACCGGUCCACCUCAUUGACAAGCUGCCGCUGCCCGUGGCCAUCAAGUCGCACCUCAAGUCCUUCUCCAUGGCCAACGGCAUGAACGCCGUCAUGAUGCACGGACGCUCCUACUCACUGGCCAACCCGGCCGGCGGCUCCAAGGGCAACAGCCUCAAGCGCUCCAAGUCCAUCCGGCCCCCGCAAAGUCCCCCGCAGAACUGCACGCGCAGCAACUGCAAGAUCUCCUAACUGCCGCUUUCCCUUCCCCAACCUGACGGCAGCGACGGUGGCCGAGUGCCGGGCUGGGCUGGGCCGGGCCGCCAAGCCUUUGGCACCAAGCUUUGACGGGAGAACGAGUCCGACGUGUCCGAGAGUCCCGCUGCUCCGGCCCGCCGCCAGUCACGUGAGAGACAAAAGGAGUUUUCCGCUUGUACAGACAGACGCGCGCUCAUCGAGUGUCUCUGUUUUGUUUUGUUUUUUCUCCUUUCGUCAUACGUCUUCUUAUCUGCUUUGGAAAUAAGCUACAAGUCGUUCCACUUUGGGAAACGGCCUCACACACAAGCACAUGCAGAAAAGCUCUUUGGCCUCAUGCGUGUCACACGCCCGCUUCCACACAAGCACUUUCACGCACGCUUGGGACUGGUGACACACUCUUUUGCGUACACUCCUCCUGCGAACAAUCUUCAUAUACUGUACAUGUCACACACACUCCUCUCUCGCUCGCACUCACACGUCACAUUCUCCUCUCACAUUUAGACUGUCUUUACACACAGUCAUUUACUCACACACACACACACACACUCCUCUGUCGCAAACCUGUACACACUUGCGUCGUCGCCUCAGACACUUGGAGCGCCUCGUCGUAGCGGCCUUCGCAUGUAAUGCGAUUGGAGCAAACGAGUCCUGACUUGUUCCCGGUCCCGACCUGUGACGAGCAGACUUGUUAGCGCGUCUGAAAUGGGAACAAUUGGCUGCACCAAGCUUCCAUUUUCUUACUCUUGUGCAGCUUGUGACUUUUUCGGGUCCCUCACGGUUGUUUCGAACGUGACACAAGUGAUGGACUCUCGUUGAUUUCCCCUUUAUUUUGUUAACUUGACUUGCCUACUGCGACUGCUGCGACUUGCACUUCGCCCCUUUUUAGACCACUACACCUGCCUCCCUCCCUCCAAAUCUGGCUAAAAUUAUCUCAUGUUAGGGGUGGGAAAGGUUUUUUUUAGAGACAGGGAGUCGUCCUAGCGUGAUGGAUUUGAGGUACGUUGCGCAAAGGCGCCGUUCAGCCCCCAUUAAAUUUUUAUCAUGGCAGGGUUUUUUUUUCUUUUUAAAUCUCACCGUGGAGGCGAUUCACUCAGAAGCGUGUCGCCAUGUGUCGUAACGUGUAUUUUAAAUUAUUAUAUGACAGUGUCCCCCAUAAUUCAAUUGACUCUCUCUGCUCAUAUGGAACGGUUGUAGUCCCACUAAGCACAAAUUCAGAACCGGGACUAUUUUCAGCAAGAGUUUGUGAGGCCCGAUCAACCAUUUUGGUUGCUCGUGGCGUUCUAUUUUAAGACUGGAGCACUGGGAAUAAUUCAGGUGAGAAAACUGGCAAGCGUGACCCUUUUGCUGCGUAGUGAUUAGCGAGAAGUCAAACGAGCACAUGAUUCCAAAUGCAACCCGAGUCUUUUGAUGUCGGCCUGGCGCCAUCCCGUGAUUCAUUGCUGCUGAAUAAUGGAUGCUCCUUGCUUGCAUCUCAGGAGGGCGUCUUCGUCGCCGUUGUCGUUGGUGCUCUUGCUGCAGCUUCUCGCUACGCUUUCAUCUUCCUCCUUCCUCAAUUCACUCACUGUCUUGCCACCAUUUUAUCCAACAGCAACGCCACCUCCUCUUCCAGCAUUAUCAGAUCAUGUCAGUGUUUUAUCACUUGUAUUUUGUUUUUUUGUUUUUUUUCAGCGUGGCUCUUGUCCAUUUAGGCCCAGAUCUGUUUUUUUUGGGCCCCACUAAAGCAAAUCAAGUGUGUCUAAUGCAUGUCAUUUGCUAAAUUCAUUUGUUCUCCUUUUGGUAGGAAAUGUUGAUGGACAAUGCAAAUUUUAGUACAACAAAAUGAAUAUUUGGAUGGAGGAAUGUAACAUCAGUCGGCUUUGGUGAAGCAGCCUGAGGUUGUAAUCCCACACUGAAAAUGUUCCAGGCACAAGUGUGUGGUGGAUUUUUGUGUUUGGAGUGGCACUCCUGAUGUUGGGAAUGUGUUUCCUUCCUUCCUGCCAACCCUUGCUACUGCUUUUCCACCGGUGGCACAACAUGCACAAAAUGAGAGGAAAAGAAACAUAUCUUCAGAUAAUUCAUGUACGACUUUAUCUUCCACCUGUGACAUAAAACAACCACUUUUUUUUUUUUUUUUGCGUCAUUUGUGUUGUUUUAUAUGCCCUGAGUUCCCGACUCUGGAUGAAGUGUAAGAUAGACUAGCAGCAAAUGGAACAAAUGUUUUUGUGCCACUUGAGUUUUUCGAAUUGGGCUCAGCGACGUUGCCAAGAAUUCUAGAAGAGUGUUUCUCUCUGUUUAUAUGCAGGAAAAGAAAGAAGCAUUGUUGUUGCUGACGAAUGGACUAAAAAGGAUUUUUGUUUUUUUAAAUCUUUGUGUGUAUGCACGACCUCUUUUCCUGAGAUUCUAAAUGACUUGAGAAAAGGAUGCACGAUGGAACCGCUUCAGGGGAUGCCCUCUGAUUGGCUUUGUGUCAAGAAACAGUGUUGUAAAAUGGAUUUAAACACUAUUUUGGGGCUGAAAGCUGCUGAAUCUGAGAUACGAAUGCGUGUGUGCGUGUGUGCGCGCGCGUGUGUGUGUGUGUGACAAACUGAAACAUUUUCUUUUUUUAAAUUAUUGAUUGUACAGUUUCAACGCUGUGAGGGUUUGAAGAGACUUUUUCACAAAUAAACAAUUGAAUGUUCAAGUUGAAA